AUGGUUGUGUUACUGGACACAGGAUUUGCUUGGUUGACACCAACCGAGACCGAAUACCAUAUUCAAACUGAUGAAGGUCCAGAAAGAUAUUUUCGGUAUCAGACGGAUAGCGGGCAGUAUCGAAAAGAACGUCGUUUAGCCGAUGGAACAGUUAUAGGUUCAGAAGGAUGGCUGGACAACGUUGGAUACUUUCGGCUAAAAGAUUACAUUGCUGACAAAAAUGGUUAUCGAAUUCUGAAAUCAAAAACAGUCUACAUUGGAAAAGGACAUACAAUGAAAGAAGUUCUCAGAAUAGCAAAUGGCAAACAGCCGGAAUGGGUGCCGGAACCACGACCUGCACCGUAUGUAUCGUUAACUCCUAAAUCACGGCCGCCAAUUUCGUAUAUACCGCCAAAUAUUGAAUCCAACAUUCCAACUUAUCCAUACCAAAAAUUAUGUUCAUCGCCACGUCCAUUUUCAUCUCCCGAAGUGCCACCAUUUCACUCGCAAACACCAAGUCAACAACUUUUGCCACCUUUGAAUUUUUUGAGCUAUCAUUAA